AGUCAGUGCGCCAUUUUUGAAAGUACUGGAACCAAGUUUGUUUCCUUACUACUUAGAUAAUACAAUCUGAACGUAAUUCACUCUUCCUUGCACUACUGCUGGUCCUAACAAGUAAAAAAAAUGGAAAAGCUGUUAUGGUUGAUUGUCUUAUUUAUUUCCUGCGUAACUUCGGAUAGUGAAAAAUUUCUUCAGCAACAUGCUAAGAGAUCCAGGGUUUCAAUUGUGACCAUACCAACAUCGAUGAAGCCAGCAACUCGACCAGUUGAGAAAUGGUGGUGUCGGAGUGCAAGGUGUCUAACGACUGAUCAUUGCAAGAGCGUUGUUCUUCCAGCUUCACAAUGCUGCUCUAGAUGUGGUUGCAAGAAUGAACUCGGCAGAAAUGUCAACGUCAAUGAGAGAUUUCGAUUAGAAAAUGUUGGAAAUUGUUAUGAGUGCAAAUGUGUGAACGACUGGCGUGGAAAGUACGCUACAUGCAACAGAAUGUUUCGCUGUCCCACUUUGACUUGUAAAAAACAGUAUAAACCCCCUGGAAAAUGCUGUCCCAUUUGUGGUAAGGAAGAAAGUUCAAGUGAUAACUCAUUCCGAUUACCAUUUCCUGAUUUUCCAGAGAUACAUGGCCUUUAAGAUUGACGCAGGCAGAUAUAAAAACAAAGAUAGCCACAGAAGUUAUUUUGACCAAAAAAUAUUAUAAUAUAUAAUUAA